GGACGGAGAGAGCUCGGUUGCACCAACACCGGUACUUAGGUGCAGACCGGCGUGUCCUUGGGUUUAGAGAACGGGACGUCCGACUUGCGAGCGUACUCCUUCGUUUCGCGCGCGGCGAAAGAGUGGUGAGCGCGCGGCGCGGAGGCCGUAGCGGGCGAUUUAAAAAUGGGUGAUGUUGAGAAGGGCAAGAAGAUUUUUGUUCAGAAGUGUGCCCAGUGCCAUACCGUGGAAAAGGGAGGCAAGCACAAGACUGGGCCAAAUCUGCAUGGUUUAUUUGGCCGAAAGACAGGUCAGGCUCCUGGAUUUUCUUACACCGAUGCCAACAAGAAUAAAGGCAUCACCUGGGGAGAGGAGACACUGAUGGAGUAUUUGGAGAAUCCCAAGAAGUACAUCCCUGGGACAAAAAUGAUCUUCGCUGGCAUUAAGAAGACAGGGGAAAGAGCAGACUUGAUAGCUUAUCUCAAAAAAGCUACUAAGGAGUAAUAGUUGGCCAUUGCCUUAUUUAUUGCAAAACAAAAAUGUUUCAUGACUUUUUUUAUGUGUUCAAUUGAUCUCAUACACCAGAAUUCAGAUCAUGAAUGGCUGAUAGAAUAUUUCUUUUGGACAGUCCUGAUUUAAAUAAGGUUGGCUUGUGGUUAAAUGAAUAUGAUCAGCUUUUUGAACUUUGAUAGUAAUUCUGGUUCAGCAAGUGCUGUCAGUUUUCCCCUUUUAAAAAUAUGAUCGGAAUUGAUUAGUAAUGUUCAGCUUUUCACAGAGGUGGUAAAUGCCAUCUUUAAACUUAUAGGAGAUUGGUUUUAUAUUUAGAUUUAUAUAACUGGUUAUAUUAAUAUAUUUAAAUACUGAGGAAAUCCCUUCACUGUCUCAGAACCAGCAAGACUGAGCUGUGUUUCAGGUUGUGUUCAUUAGCCUAUUAAAGGCAAGGGUUGAAGAUAAGCUGGCAGUGUCCACUUUUUUUUUUUCUUAACUAUCCAAUUUAAUUAAAAUUUCUUGCAUCUAAAAUGUUGCCUUUUGCUUAAUGAAAGGCAUUUUAGUGUGGUUUAUGUAUAAUAUUAAAUAAAGAGUAUUUAACACUUCUCAUUUGAUAGAUCUAAGGUCAGCUGCUUUUAAAAUUCAGUGUGAGAGGAUAUAGAAGCAUACAUGGAUUGUGAAUUAUCCACUAAAUCAGACUAAGUUAUAAUUCAGGAUUGUUUUCUAAACAGCUAUUCAGAGACACAACUGUGGAAAUACCACAUAUGUAUGAUUGGUAAUGGUCCUUUUGCUAACUUGUUAGAAGAGUUAAAAUAGAGGAGAUAUAUCAUCAGCACAAAUUUGUAAAUUAUGUGAUAAGGCUCAAGAUAAUUAAAAACAAAAUCACAAAUCA